CCCGCAUUUCCUUUCCCUCGGACACGUUUCCGGCCCUGUUUGCCAAUUGCUCUUGGAGCGGCUUGGUCAUCUGAGACACUGUCAAAAGAUCCUCCCUAAAAGCAAUCCUGGAUUCCCCCUUGGAUCGUGGCUCCCAGAUGGACACCUCGGAGCCCAGCAGCGCGACGGAGGAGGAGGAGGAGAAGACGACGGUGGAGAGCCGCCCAAGGACCCGGUCCAACCCCGAGGGGGCCGAGGACCGCACUCUGAGCGCCCAAGCGAGUGUGGGGAGCCGCAGCGAAGGGGAAGGGGAGGCCGCCAGCACCGGCGACAGCCCGCAGAGCGCCACGGCUCCCCCUGCCGACAGCAAGGGCUGGCCGACCCCGGUGCCCCCUACGGAGUUUCAAGUCAAAACGCCACGUGUCAACUGUCCAGAGAAAGUGGUCAUCUGUUUGGACCUGGCUGAGGAAAUGUCCUUCUCCAAACUGGAGUCCUUUAAUGGGUCCAAGACAAACGCCUUAAACACCUCCCAGAAGAUGAUAGAGAUGUUCGUUCGAACCAAGCACAAGAUUGACAAGAGCCACGAGUUCGCGCUGGUGGUGGUCAACAACGAUGUCACCUGGCUCUCAGGUUUCACCUCUGAUCCUAGAGAGGUCUGCAGCUGUUUAUAUGACCUGGAAACAGUGGUCUGCAAGUCCUUCAAUUUGGAAGGCCUUUUCAACCUCAUACAGCAGAAGACAGAGCUUCCAGUAACAGAGAAUGUCCAAACUAUCCCACCUCCGUAUGUGGUCCGGACCAUCUUGGUGUUCAGCCGGCCAGCCUGCCAACCUCAGCUGGCUGUGACAGAGCAGAUGAAGAAAAUGCUGCAGUGUCCUUACUUCUUCUUUGACGUCCUUUAUAUCCACAACGGUGCAGAAGACAAAGAGGAAGAGAACAGCUGGAAGGAGAUGUGCACCUUCUUCAGUAACCUGGACACCAAAGGCACCAACUACAAGUACGAGGUGUCCCUGACGGGCCCAGCCGUGGAGCUGCACAACUGCAUGGCCAAGCUGCUGGCCCACCCUCUCCAGCGCCCCUUCCAGACCCACGCCUCCUACAGCAUGCUGGAGGAAGAGGAGACGGCCGAGAUCGAGGCCAUAGUCUGAGACGGACUGAGGGGACGGGCGGGGGCCUUUGUAAAUGGGAUAGUAGCGAAGCCUCCCUGUUUGCAAGCAGGCAGCUGGCACGGAACUGUGACCAUUUGUGAUAUUGCUUGAUUUUGAUGGGAGGGGAGGGGUAUCCCUCCCCACCCUGAUUGGUUCGAGUUUUGUAAUGCAGCCCGGAAGCUGUGUGGAGAUCGGGGUGGGGGGCAGGGGGGAAGGUUCUAGAAUGUUCUGGGGGGCAGAAGAGGGGGGCGGAGAGGGUUCUAGAAUGAGAAUCGUCCAUUCUUGGUGAAGGAGCGGAUUCUGAGGGUCAAGCGGCUAAGGGGGUUUUCUGAAGCUUAACUCAUCUGUUGGUUCAUCCAAUGUAAAUAAAUGUUCCUACACACCUCAUGGAGCAAGGCUGCAGUUUAUGAAAAGCGUUCUAUUCCUUUAGAUGAUUAUACUCUGCUUUUCUCUCUCUGUGGGGACUCAAAGGAGCUCGUAACAUCAUUCUUCCCUCUCUUUUAUCCUCUCAACAUCAACCCCGUGAUGUAGGUUAAUCUAAGAGGGGGGGGGACUGGCCCAAGGUCACUCCUCAGGUUUCAUGGGGGAAUUUGAAUAUGGGUUUCUGCUUCUUCUAGUUCUGCUGCCGCUGCGUCAUGGUAGGUUUGCAGCUUACAGAU